GACCCGAGCAGCCCCAGCAGCCAGCCCCAGCGAGCAGCUGGCUCCGAGCUAUGACAGGAGUAUUUGACAGAAGGGUCCCCAACAUCAGAUCCGGCGACUUCCAGGCUCCUUUUCAGACGGCUGCAACCAUGCACCAUCCGUCUCAGGAAUCUCCAACUUUACCCGAGUCCUCGGCUACGGAUUCCGACUACUACAGCCCCACGGGGGGAGCCCCGCACGGCUACUGCUCGCCUACCUCGGCUUCCUACGGCAAAGCGCUCAACCCUUACCAGUAUCAGUACCACGGCAUGAAUGGGUCUGCUGGGAACUAUCCUGCCAAAGCCUAUGCAGACUACAGCUACGCCAGCCCGUACCACCAGUACAGCGGGGCUUACAACCGGGUCCAGAGCUCUGCCAACCAGCCAGAGAAGGAGGUGGCGGAGCCCGAGGUGAGGAUGGUGAACGGCAAACCAAAGAAAGUGCGCAAACCCCGGACUAUUUAUUCCAGCUUUCAGCUGGCGGCGUUGCAGAGGAGGUUUCAGAAGACUCAGUACCUCGCCCUGCCCGAGCGUGCCGAGCUGGCCGCCUCGCUGGGACUCACGCAGACACAGGUGAAAAUCUGGUUCCAGAAUAAAAGAUCCAAGAUCAAGAAGAUCAUGAAGAACGGGGAAAUGCCCCCGGAGCACAGCCCCAGCUCCAGCGACCCCAUGGCCUGCAACUCUCCACAGUCGCCUGCGGUUUGGGAACCUCAGGGCUCUUCCCGUUCCCUCAGCCAUCAUGCCCACGCUCACCCUCCAAACUCCAACCCAUCCUCUGCAUCCAGCUACCUGGAGAGCUCCGCUUCCUGGUACCCCGCUGCCAACGCCAUCAACUCCCACCUCCAACCCCACGGCUCCCUACAGCACCCGUUAGCGCUGGCCUCUGGGACAAUUUAUUAGAAUCUGACCUUUAUUAUUAUUAUUAUUAUUUUUGUUCCUUGGACUCCUGUGUUUUACUGUUAAGGAAUAAUAACGAAAGGAAUGCAUAUGGGGGAUUUUUAAAGGGAAACAAAACAAACGAAAAGAUUAAAAUGUGUAAAGCUUGUGCAUGUAACUUAUUGCAUUUCAAAGGAAAACCUUUUUUUAUACAAUACGGACUUUUUUGGCUCAGCUGUGGACACUAUCAAUGGUGCCUUGAAAUCUAUGACCUCAACUUUUCCAGAGACUUUUUUCAAUGUUAU